AUGUUGAUCUUGUACGGUUCCCAGACCGGCACCACCGAAUCGUUUGCGAAGAUCGUGCACUCGUUCGCGACGGCCCGCGGUCUCUCGCCCCGCCUGGUGGCCGCUGACGACUUUGACCAUGCAGACCUCGUACACGAAGACGUGAUUGUGUUCCUCACGUCGACGUUUUACAAUGGCGAGUUCCCGAGCAACUUUACCCGCACGUGGGACUACCUCCAAACCACGACUGCCAAGUUUACUACCACCAAGUUUGCCGUGUUUGGGUUGGGCAACAGCGCCACCAAGUCCAACUUCAACAAUGCCGGGAAGCAACUCGACGCCCAGCUGGAAGCGUUGGGGGGAGAACGCCUUGUGCCCCUCGGCCUCGGCGACGAACAGGCCGACAGCGGCCACGAAACCAGCUUCCGGCCCUGGGUCCAAUCGUUGUGGGUCAAGUUGCUCGGAGGUCAUGGCAAGAUGACGUUGCCAGUGCAAUAUGGCAUCAGCUACCCCACCAAGGACGUCGAGUCCGCCCCGCGCACCAUUCCUGGCUUUGAUGCGUUCCGCGUCGUCUCCAACACAUUGCUCACCCCUGUGGGAUACGAACGCCCUUCAUACCUCUUGACGUUGGAGCUGCCCCCUCGAGUCACGUACGAGUUGGGCGACCACAUCCAGGUGGCCCACGUCAACUCGGACGACCUGGUGCUGCGGUUGGCUCGUCGCAUGCACUUGGACUUGAGCACUACGGUGCACCUAUCUGCGUUGGCGAAUUCCACGGGCCUGCCCACUGAUCCCGUGAAGUUGCAAGUGCUGCUUCGCGAUCACCUCGACUUAUCGUCGCCGCCAUCGCGGUCGUUCCUUGAAGGUUUGUCGGCGCUUUGCACGGACAAGAAAGAAGCCACAGAGUUGGAGCACUUGGCGGAAGACAUGACUGCCGGCAACGCGUACUCCCAAUACGUGGGGACGAACCCUGCCAGUCGCAUUCCAUUUACCCUCGUGGAUGUGUUGGAACUGUACCCUUCGAUCCAAGUGGGCCUCGAGCACAUUUUGGGCAACGUUCCCAUCCUUCCUCCUCGGUAUUACUCGGUGUGCUCUAGCCCCCUCAUGCUUCCCCGCCACGUCCAGAUUGUGUACAUGGUGGCCAAGUGGCAAUCCAGCAAGUCCCCGCUCAAGACAUUCACUGGUGCCGCCGCGGGGUACAUGUCCCACCUCAAGACGGACGCGCUCGUAACGGCCCAAAUCAGUCGCGGGUACUUUAAAGUGCCAGAGUCGUUGGAAACACCUAUUCUUGGCGUGGCGCUUGGCACGGGUAUCUCGUUCUUCCGUGCGCUGCUGCAACAUCGCGCGUACCACCAAGACCACAACGCCAUCGUGAGCAAGAUUCGCCUCUACUUUGGCAUUCGCCAUGCUUCCAAGGACUUUUUGUUUCAAAAUGAACUGGACACAUACGUGAACCGUGGGUUGUUGGAGCUUGCCCCCGCGUGCUCGCAUGACGGCGCUUCGUUCGUGACACCCGUGACGUUGAUCCGUGACUUUCCCACGUCCGUGGCCGAGUACUUGGACAACCAGGGCGUGUACUUUUACUGCGGGAUCGGCGGCACGAUCCCAGAAUUCCACGAAGCGGCGAUCGAAGCAGCUUUGCAAGCAAGUCACAAGAGCACAUUGGGCUCGGAGAUGGAAACUGUCGAUGAAAUGAAGGCGUCUGGACGAUGGCAAAUCGAAGCCUUUUCAUCGUGUUUGGAUCACGAAAACGCGCUGCAAUACCAGCAAAAGGUGCAGUCCAAGAAGGAGGACACUCCCAUUAGCGACGUGGUCGGGGACUGCGCCAUGUUCUGCUUCCAGUGCGGCCAAACCAACCAAGGCAUCGGGUGCACCAAGAUCGGCGUGUGCGGGAAGACGCCCACCGUCGCAGCGCUCCAAGAUCUGCUCGUCGACCAUCUCAAACACUUGAGCUGGUAUGCGCACCAUAUCCGCGUGGUGGACCCGGACGUGACGUCGCUGACGGAAGUGGACCGGUUUUCUCUUGUGGCGCUCUUCUCGACGCUGACCAACGUCAACUUCGACGCGACGCGGUUCGUGACGUUCAUCCAGCAAACCAAGGCCUUCACGGACACGUUGAGCCAGGAAUAUGCGACAGUGUGCAAGGCGCAUGGCGUGACCCCCCGCGCGGUGCCGUGGAAGCGCACGGACGCCAACGUGGUGGACAUUGAGGAGCUGGUCGCGAGUGGGAAGAAGGUGGGUGUGCUCUCGCGUCUCCGCGCCGGCCGCAACGACGCGCUCGUGGGGCUGCAGGAGAUGCUCGUGUACGGGCUCAAGGGUCUGGCGGCGUACACGGACCACUCGUUCCAGUUUGGCAACGAGAAGCCCGAGAUUUACCACUUUAUCCAUGAAGCAUUUGCGUUCCUGUGGUCUCCGGAGGCAGGGAAGGUGGACAAGGUCGUGGACAUGCUCAUGAAGUGCGGCCAAGUGAACCUCACGGCCCUCGCCCUCUUGCAUGAGAGUAACAACACAUACGGAGCCCAGUCCCCGGGUAUCGCCACCUCGGUGCCUCGUCCUGGCAAGUGCAUCUUGGUGUCUGGCCACGACCUCAAGAUGCUCCACGAUGUCUUGGAAGCCUGUGCCUCGUACAAGACUGACCACGGCGUGCAUAUCAACGUGUACACCCACGGUGAGCUGCUCCCGGCGCACGGGUACCCGGCGUUGCGUGCGUCGCCGCACUUGAUCGGGCACUUUGGUGCUGCUUGGCAGCGCCAGUCGCUUGAAUUCGCCCACUUUCCCGGGUCGAUCUUGAUGACCACGAAUUGCCUGACGCAGCCCAAGACGGAAUACAAGGACCGGCUCUUCACGGCUGGGGCCGUGGGGUGGCAAGACAUCCCGCACUUGGAGGACGGGCAGUACGCGCCUCUGUUGGCCAAGGCCGUGGCCGGUGUUGGCUUUACCGACGCGGAUCUCAAGUUCAACUACCCCGCCAACCCGUUUGUCAACACGGUGGAGAAGUACCACGUCGGGUGGGGCUCGGAGACUGUGAUCGGCGCGGCUGCGACCGUGUUGCAAGCCGUCACCGACGGCCACAUCAGCCGGUUCUACGUCAUCGGCGGCUGUGACGGCUACGAAGGCGAGCGAAGCUACUACACGGACUUGGCCAAGGCGUUGCCGGACACGAGUGUCGUGCUCACGGUCGGCUGCGGCAAGUUCCGCAUCAACCACUUGGACAUGGGCACCAUUGGCGACACGGGCAUCCCUCGGCUGCUCGACUUGGGCCAGUGCAACGACUCGUACUCGGCCGUGCAGAUCGCGCUGGCGCUGGCGCAGGCGUUGCAGUGUGGCGUGAACGACCUGCCGCUGUCGAUCGUGCUGUCCUGGUUUGAGCAAAAGGCCGUGGUGGUGCUCUUGACGCUGCUGUCGCUUGGCAUCCGCAACAUUCGCGUCGGACCUACCGUGCCUGCCUUCUUGCGGCCGUCUAUUUUCAAGGUCCUGCACGAAAAGUUCAACCUCAUGGCCAUUGGUGCCGACGUGCACCAAGACAUUGCCAACAUGGUCGGCGGCGACAAAACCCCCACCGCCUAG